AUGCGAGGCCUGGGUGUAUUGAACAGCGUGUGUAGGCGCUGGAAAUCUGCUGCCUGUGCCCUUAUCUUUCUGGCUUCGUUGCUGCUGCUGGCGUUCACCGUACUACUGCAGCUUGGAGUUCACAAAGUGACAAGACGAUCCAGUCCCACCAAUAUCAACAUGACAGCCUCCACCUCGUCACAAGUACGGUUGGUGAAUGGCAGAAGCCGGUGUGAGGGUCGUGUGGAGGUACAGCACAAUGGCACAUGGGGCACAGUGUGCGACGAUGACUGGGACAUGGUGGACGCCAAUGUGGUGUGUCGGCAACUAGACUGCGGGUUGGCCAUGGCUGUGGGCAGCAGCUACAAGUUUGGUCAGGGCUCUGGGCCCAUCCUGCUGGACAACGUGGACUGCAAGGGGGAGGAGACAGGCCUUAGCCAAUGCGGCAACCAGGGCUGGGGCAUUCACAACUGCUACCAUUACGAGGACGUGGCCAUCAGUUGCAAAGGUAACUCUGUCAUUGGGCCUAGAGGAAGCCCUGAGGAGCCCACCACUCCAUCUCGAAGAAAUUCUGGUUUAAGAGACGGCACCAUCCGGCUAAUGGGCGGCCCAGAUCGCUGCCAAGGCCGGGUGGAGAUCUACUACCGGGGCAGCUGGGGGACGGUAUGUGAUGAUGACUGGGGGAUGCGGGACGCUGUGGUGGUGUGCCAGCAGGUCGGCUGUGGUCCCGCAGUCACCUACACCACCAACGCCUACUUCGGCUAUGGCACUGGGCUCAUCAUGCUGGACAACGUAAACUGCAAUGGCCAUGAGAGCCAGCUGGCCACCUGCUACAGCCUGGGCUGGGGCAUUCACAACUGUGGCCAUCACGAGGAUGCUGGGGUCAUCUGCAAAGGAUUGGGUACUACCACUGCUACUCCUCUUGACAUGGAGACCAUGGGCAGAGCAUUUUUCCACACAGAGAGCACAGCAGAGACAGGAGUGACUGUUCCAGUUACAGAUACGACUGCAGCUGAACCCACCACAGCCAUAACCACAAGAGAGCAGCCCAGCGUCCGUGUGGUGAAUGGAAACAGUAGUUGCCAGGGUCGCGUAGAGGUCUCCUACAACAGCAUCUGGGGCACGGUGUGUGAUGAUGACUGGGACAUGGACAACGCUCAGGUGGUGUGCAGACAGCUUGGGUGUGGCCCUGCCCUCGCAGCCGUCCCUCUUGCCUACUUUGGCUACGGCUCUGGUCCCAUCCUUCUGGACAACGUGGAUUGCCAGGGAAACGAGAGAGCGUUGGCCGACUGCUUCAACCUGGGCUGGGGGCAGCAUAACUGCGGGCACCAUGAGGACGCUGGGGUCAUCUGCUCAACUUUUCAGCCCCUGGCAGGAACAUUGCGAAGUUUCGGAAUGACAGAAAGGACUGUCACCACCCAAGCCCAAGUGGAGGGGGUGAUAAGGUUGUCUGGUGGUCAGCACCGCUGUGAGGGCCGUGUGGAACUGUAUCAAAGUGGUGAGUGGGGUACCAUAUGUGAUGAUGCCUGGGACCUCCCAGAUGCCCAGGUUGUGUGCAGGAUGCUCGGCUGUGGGGAUGCUGUAGCUGCCCGGGUGGAGGCUUUCUUCGGACCAGGCAGGGGCACCAUUCUCCUGGACAAUGUGAAAUGCAUCGGCACAGAGGCCUCACUCCUGCAGUGCUCCCACAUAUCGUGGGAUGUCCACAACUGUGACCACUCAGAGGACGCCGGUGUGACAUGUUCACUCUCAUGAUUCCAUCCGCGUAAAUCCCGCCCAUCCACCUCUGGCCCAAGAAGUGUGUGGAGUGGAAUGGAAACAGUUUAGAUAACAAGACUUUUAUGUACAUUCUGUAAAUAACUGCUCAUGCUGUUAUUCUGAAGAUAUAAAGAUGUAAUAGCUUUAAAAAGAAAAUGAUGCUUAUCUAUGGUUACUGUUAUUACAGAUAUUCUAAUUAUGCACUUUAUGAAUUUUAUGAAUCCCAAAUGCUUAUAUACUGUAUGUAUAUAAACGCAUCAAUUGUUUCCACACUAGUUGUGGAAAAACAGUUGAUAUACAUGGAAACCAAAGCUUUACACCCUAUUUCUUUUUCUACGUACAAUUUUGAAAUAUUUAGCGCACACUGCUAGUUGUGCAGUCUGAUAUAGAGAGGUAUUGCAUCCUGGAGCUGCCAGGACAUCCAUUAUUAACAUUCAGAUGAAAGGUUUCCGGCAUACCCGUAGACUCAACGCUGGAACACUGAAAGACAAGACUGACUUUGGCAUAAACAAGUGCAGCAUCCCAUAUGUAAGGGUUUAUUCUAAGGCUGAAGACAAAUGAUAAUCAGACAAGUCGUUUGUCUCAAGACAGAGCAGAACUGCUACAUUUACACAUCGAACACUUUUUUUUAGGUAGGAUCUGAUGUGACAGAGUAUUGGUCAGUUUUCUGAAAACUCACAGUGUGCAUGUGACUGCUUUAAAAGAUGUUGUCACUAAAGCUUUCUUUUGUAUUUGUCCCAGAUUAAAGAUAAAGUAAGACUGAA